UAAUUACUGGGAUGGCAACACUGGGUUGGAAAGCAGUAAUGGCAGCCAUGUUUGGUUGCAGCUGCCAGUGCCCACGGCCCAGCCAGCCCUCACCAGCUCAACACCAGCUCAGUAGCUACAGGGUCACUCGGCGCAUGCGCAGUCCCCGGCACAGGCGAGGCAGGCUGCUGGCACGAACAUUUAAAUCCUGCGGCAGGGCGGAGCAGCGUGUGCGUGUGUGUACAGUGGACCCGCCUGGCUGGGACAGCGCCGGAGCCUCGUGAUCACCGUGGAACUUACAGAAACACAAGAUGGCCAGCGAGGAAGGCAGUGGCGGCAAGGUGAUCCCGGUGCGAGUGGUGGUGCGCGUGCGGCCCCUCAGCGCCAAGGAGAUUCGGGAGGGGUGUCAGGAGUGUGUUGACAUCACCCACGACUCCCCGCAGAUUGUAGUGAGAGGAACUGACAAAGCCUUCACUUUCGACCACGCCUACCCAACGGACACCACCCAGGGAUAUGUUUAUGAAACCUCGAUAAAGAAUGUGGUCCAGAAUCUGUUUAAAGGUUAUAAUGUGACUGUACUCGCAUAUGGCCAGACAGGAUCGGGUAAAACCCACACCAUGGGCACCACUUACAGUACUAAAGCGGAUAACUCUGAUUGUGCCGGCAUCAUUCCCCGAGCUGUACAGGACAUAUUUGACGGUGUGGCGAAUCAGACGGACAAUGAGUACAUGAUCAAAGUAUCAUUCAUUGAGCUUUACAAGGAGACACUCUUCGAUCUACUAAGCAACAAAACUACCAAGGAUGAGUGCAUUGUGGACAUCCGAGAAGAUGCCCGAGGUGGGAUUAAAAUUGCUGGGGUUACCGAGAUUCCUGUAACCAGCAUUGAGGAGACGAUGAUCUGUCUUGAGCAGGGUGCGUUGUAUCGGGCUACAGGCGCCACGGCCAUGAACGCCCACUCCAGUCGCUCCCAUGCCAUCUUCUCCCUGCAUAUCCAACAGAAAAAUAAAAAGAAAGGGGAGAGCUUCGUAUCUUCAAAGUUUCAUUUAGUGGACCUGGCCGGCAGUGAACGAGCCAAGAAAACUGGUGCCACCGGGCUGCGGUUCAAAGAGGGAGUGAACAUCAACAAGGGUCUCCUGGCCCUUGGGAAUGUUAUCUCCGCUCUCUGUGAGGAUGGAGGCCGAGGUCACAUCCCAUACAGAGACUCGAAACUAACAAGAUUAUUACAGGACUCGCUAGGAGGCAAUUCCCACACUGUAAUGGUCGCGUGUGUGUCACCAGCAGACAGUAAUCUGGAAGAGUCUUUGAGUACUCUUCGUUAUGCUGACCGUGCUCGUAAGAUCAAGAAUAAGCCAGUCGUCAACCGUGACCCGCAGGCUGCUGAACUCCACAAGCUAAGGGACCAGGUCUUGCAGCUACAGAUCCAGUUGUUGGCCUCAAACAGCGGCAGUGGAGGAAUUUCCUCUAAUAAUGCGGAGGUCAAUUCUCUCCUGAAUCAAAACCAAGCGAUGCAGGAAGAGAUAAAUCAGCUGACACAGGCUUUGCAGACGGCCCUUGAUGAAAACACCAACAUGGCUGAAAAAGCAAUUAUGGCCGAGCUAUCAAGAGAACGGAUGAAGGUCAAAAUGGAGGAGCUGAUCGCCCAGACUGGCGUGACCUAUGAGGCACUGAACAAGACAUUUGACGUGACCUCCAACCCCCAGUAUGAGGGCCAGCUCAACCUCGUCAAGGAUCUGCAGGCCAAGAUUGUUGAGCUGCAGAGUGAGCAGCACCGGGGAGCAAAGGCAAUCAUGGAUCACGAACUCUCCCGCCAUAAUAUCUCCACCAACACCUCGAUGAUCCCCCACUCUGACUCUGGCCCCAGAGAUGCUGCAGGCCAAGACAAUGAGAUGCAGCAGGAAGGCAACAGUGCUGAGGAUGCUAAACAGUUUGGAACCGAGUUUACGCUCCGCCAAGCAAGACUCAAUGAGGAGCUGCAGGGUUUGAACAGAGCGCUGGCCAUGAAAGAAGAACUAAUGAACAAGAUGACGGUCAAUGAUACUCAGUUUGUCACCUUGAGGGAACAGUAUGCCAAGGAAAAGAAAAAUCUUGAGUGUCAUAUAGAAAUUUUGAGUAAGGAAAAAGAUGAACUUCUGCAGCAACUCAAGUUUGCUGGUUCAGCCAGCGGCAAGGUCUCUGAACAACGCCGAAAGAAAGUCCAGGAACUGGAGGCACAACUUGGAGUUCUCAAACAGAAACAAAAAGAGCAAGUGAAACUCCUGCGUAUGAAGGAACAAUCUGAACACAAGGUCAACAAACUGAACUCUGAGAUCCAGGCGAUGAAGGCAACUCGUGUGAAACUUAUUCGUCAAAUGAGAGAAGACAGCGAAAAGUUCAGAGUGUGGAAGACUCAGAAAGACAGAGAGGUUGCAAAGCUAAAGGAAGCUGAUCGCCAGAAACAGUAUCAGAUCGUUAAGAUGGAGAGGCUCCACUCAAAGAAACAAAAUGUCCUCAGAAGAAAAAUGGAAGAAGCCAUUGCCAUCAACAAGAGGCUGAAGGACGCUAUGGCUCUUCAGAAGGCAGGAUCUGAGAAGAGAGCGGCCUCUAAGGACAUUGCUGGCACUGGGAACCGCAUCAGGUCGUGGUUGGAAGGUGAGCUGGAGGUGGUGUCUGUCAAGAAGCAAGCCAAGCAGUCUCUGGAGGUCUUGAUAGACAACCGCAAGUCCAUCUCUGAAGAAAUCGGCAAAACUAAGAAAGAAAUUAAUAGAGGAGAUCCUAAUUCUUCUGGCGUGAAGCAGCUGGAAAUUAAAUUAGCGGACCUGGAGAGCUGCCUUCAACUGCGAACUGCUCAAAUAAGUGACCUUCAAGCCAAGUUUGUGGAUGAUGAUGAAGACGAUUCAAACAAGAAGAGGUUCGAAUCCAUGCAAAGUAUGCUCGAAGCCAAAUGUGCCAUGAACUACUUGUUUGAGAUGGCAACAAAACACCAAGUGAGCCUUGCCACGCAGGAGGCAGACAUGAAGGACUUACAGGCCCAGUACGAUGAACUCUCCCAAUCCCUGGAUGCCACGGAGAUGCAACUGAAGAACCUGAGAGAGGCUCACCAGGAGGAGCGUACGCGGCUGGAGCGGGAGCAUGAGGAGAAGGUGCUCUUCCUUCUCGGCCAGAUGUCGAAGGCUGAGGGCGCAGUGGCCACAGAAGACAAGGAAAGUGUUCUUAGCGAAAAACUGAAAUUACAAGAAGAAGAAAUUGGACGCCUCACCCACCUUCAUGAGCUGCUUCAGAACAAGACCAAGGAGUGUGAGGAUCUGAAGCAACAGCUGGCAGAGAAGGCAACAGCAUCUCUGGUGACACCAAUACUUGGAGAUGCUCAGAAUAUUCGUCGCCGUACGUUUAUAAAGGGCCCUAAAUCUGCCGCAACACAAAACGUGGCCAAGAAACUGCCGAUUGAUUUAUCAGACCUAGAAUCUGAGCCUGAUGAGGAGGAUGAGGAAGAGGACCAAAAGCAAGAUCCAGACUGGCGGAUGACUCCUCUCUUCAAAAAGAUCAGGAAGAUUACACAAGGUAUGGAUGAUGAAAAUAAAGCAGAGACAACUACUCAGACGAAAUCUCUAAAACGGGACUCCAGUGGAGAGAGUAAGUGUAAGUGCAAGGGAGAUUGUACUACGAAGAAGUGCUCCUGCUCAAAGAAUGGAAACCCUUGCCAUUUGAAGUGUAACUGUGAUGCCGGCAAAUGUAAGAACAGAAGUUCUCAAGAACCAGACUCCACUGAGCCCCAUGGUGAGACAUGUCUGAAUUCCACAUUUGAUAUCACAACCAUGCCACUGAAGGAGAAUGUUGCCAAGAAACCAAGGAUUGAGACAAAGGCAUCUCUGCUUAACAACUCAGAUGAGUCUCCCGAUGAAAACAGCCUGACUGACUCACAGGGGACUGCUGCACAAAGGACUUAUUUUAUGUCCCCAGAUAUCUUUUAAUCUUUUAAGUUACUGAAAAGUUUUUACAAAUUUUAUGUCCCCAGAUAUCUUUUAAGUGUGUAUAAAGAAAUAUUUUACUGUAUAAAUGUAGCUUAAGAUAUGUGGUUUGUCCAGUGUUUGGUGAUCUCAAAGGGUAGGUUAAAAGACUGUAAGCAUCUUUCAAAUAAUCUGCUGUCUGUGUUUAAACAUUGAACUUAGUAAUUUAUUUUCCUACAGCAUUGUUUGUUUGAGCUGUGAUGCUGAAAUAUUAUUGGAAGUUUGCCAUCCAUCACAAUUCAUUUUACAUAUUUUUAUAUUAAUGACUCUUCUACCGCUUCCUUUAGAACAAUAGUUUAAUAAUUUGUUAGGACAUUAUUUUUCCUAAUUCAUAAUGCCCAGCAUAUCCUUAUGAUGUUCCUAAUGCACAGAAUCGACAAUCCCAUUUCUGAACACUAUGAAUUGCAUCUGUUGUGUAAAUAGUUCCAUCCUCUGAAAUGUUAAAAUAGUAACAUCUCCAAAAAUGUUCUUGACAUGAAAAUGGGAUCUCUUUUAAGGAAUAACAUUUGUGUGUGGAUUUUUGGGGGGGAGGGAUUUAUAAGCUUUACUUUUAAUCUCACUUUUAAUGUUUUGUCAUUUCUCAAUCAGGAGUAAAGGUGAUCUAAGUUUAUUUUAAUUAUAUUAAUCCUUCCAACUGUUUUUAACUGAUGAAAGUUUAAAUAAACUUUCAAAAAGUUCCCAAACA